AUGGAUAUCGAGGAGGGCGGAAUUCAAAAGAAGUUGCAAUUACAAGAGUUUGAAGAAAUCCGAAAUGAAGCAUACGAGAAUGCAGUGAUCUAUAAGGAGAAGAAUCAGAUCUUUCAUGACCAACAGAUCUCUAGGAAGACAUUCAUCUGUGGACAAAAAGUUCGACUGUACCACUCGAAAUUGAAGUUAUUUCCAGUGGAGAUCCGGAGUUUGAAAAAGGAGAAGAAAUUUGUGGUGAAUGGUCACCGUCUCAAGCCGUAUUAUGAAGGGUUUCCGAUUGAACGGGUAGAGAUGAUGCAAUUGGAGGACCCGAUUUGCUUAGUUUAA